GUGUGACUCCGGCUUUAAAGCUUGCGGGGCUUCGUCUCGAAUCGUAUGUCCGAAUAGUGAGCUAGCAGGUGUGUCACACAGGCUUCAGUGAAGUAUCAGUGAAGUGUCAGUGACGUUUCAGUGAAGUGUCAGUGUGCGGUUUUGGGGACGGAGCCGAAUUUUACGCGCGCUUUCUUUGCGCGCGCGAGCCGCUGUGACUGGAGGAGGCAGCUGGUGAAGAGGAAGGAGGUGAAUGCUCUCUUGAGUUAUUCUCCUCAGCUGGAUUUUAAUAUAUAACAUUUCAUUCUGAAACAAAACCAAGCUUAACAGCUGAGUCGAAAAGCUGCUGGACUGCUAGACAGUUUUAUCCACACCGGAGCUCGGGACAAUCCAUAUUCUCCUUAUCUUUCUCGAGGAGGUUGGUGGUAUGACUGUGUGUGGCAGGAAAGCGCUGACCCUGCUGAGCAGUGUGUUCGCAGUGUGUGGCCUGGGCCUGCUGGGCAUAGCUGUGAGCACUGAUUACUGGCUCUACCUAGAGGAGGGGGUCAUCCUACCCUUCAACCAGAGCACCAGCAUCCACACAUACCUGCAUUCUGGCCUGUGGAGACUUUGCUUCCUGUCAGGAGAGGAGAUGGGCCGGUGUUUCACUAUAGAGUAUCUUAUGCCUAUGAGCGUACAACUGACCAGUGAAUCUACAGUCAGUGUCCUGAAGAUGAUUCGCACAGCCACCCCCUUCCCCCUGGUCAGCCUCUUCUUCAUGUUCAUCGGCUUUGUGCUCAGUAACAUCGGACACAUUCGCCCGCACCGCACCGUACUGGCCUUCGCUUCUGGAAUCUUCUUCAUCCUCUCAGGCCUUUCUCUGGUGGUGGGUCUCGUUCUUUACAUCUCCAGCAUCAAUGACGAGAUGUUGAAUAGAAGUAAAAGUAAUGAGGCCUUUUUCAGCUACAAAUACGGCUGGUCCUUUGCCUUUGCUGCUAUCUCCUUCCUGCUGACAGAGAGUGCCGGCGUCAUGUCGGUCUACCUGUUCACUAAGCGCUACACAGCUGAGGAGCUGUACAGGCCGCAUACAAGCUUCUACCGGCCGCGUCUCAGCAACUGCUCCGAGCACUCGACUCAGUUCCUGCAGCGCCGACACAGUCCCUCGGACAUCUCCAGUGAGGCCUCACUCCAAAUGAACAGCAGCUACCCAGCCCUGCUCAAGAGCCCUGAGUAUGAACAAGUCUCCUCCUCACUCUGCUAAACGCAGACAGAUGGACGGAUGUGAAGGUGGACAGAUAGACAGGGAGAUAAAUGGCUAGGUGGGUGGGUGGAUGGAAGUCAUUUAGGAAAGGAAUUUCCUUUAUAAAAUAAUGUGAAGACACCAGAAAGGUAGAGACAGCUUUUAAACUACUUAAACUCAAUAGUUGUUAUGACAUAAUCUUAGUUUUGUUGAUUUCAUAAUAACCUGAAAUCAUGUUUGCGAAAGUAAACCUUGUUCACCAGCAGAGGGCAGAAACGUGUUACUGCUGACCCGCUGUUAGUGCCAAAAUGCCUAACCAGCCACAAUGACUGGUUUUAUUUAUUCAUACAACAAUUAUUUAUACAACAAUAUAAAUAAAGAACAUGUUUCAUUACUGUGUAUCUGACACCCCAACCUGUAGGUGGUAAUCAGUAACAGCUGCAGUGAAUGGCAUCUGCAUUCACUUUCCUGUUCCAUCUGCUCACCUUCAUAAUGAGUCUCUGUGAAAAAUCUGUUAAAUUGCACUUGUGUCUGACUUAAGUGCAGGGAUAGGGCAUCAGAAAGAACAACACAUGCAAUAUCAUGAAAACAGUAGAAAAAAAGCAAUCCUGGGCCUUUAUCAUUUAGUAAAAUUGUGUGUAAAUAUAGGCUACACCAAACUAAAAAUUGCUGCCAGAUUUACAAACGUUCCAGUGAUCCUGAAGUUCUACAUAUUCAUGAGCGUAUGUUGAUGAAUCGCCUAUAAAUUGAAAAGCGUAUUCACGUUACAGCAUUUAGCGACGCCCACGAAACUUCAUAAAAAGCAAAGCACCCAGAGAGCUGAAAAAGCAAAAUGAAGACAGAACAGUGAAAGAAAAGGAAUCUCAGAGGCAGAAGUGGAAGUUAUUUUGCCACACAUCUAUGACAAUUAAAAAAAUAUAUCAUUAGCAGCAUAAGAGCACCUGAAAAGGUUAAAAUCUGAAGACAAAUUACAGAAAAGGUGGAUUAGGUAUGAAUUAAAUGAAGUGAAAAGAAAAUGGUUUUGACAUGCCAGGCACAACAUUUAGGAAACUGCUAUGUUUAAUUGUUUCUCUGUGACUGGCCAGACAUCUCUUACACUGACGUGCAUAAUUCAACCUCUCCCUAAUCUUGGAAAAGCCAGGAGGUCAUGCAUCAUAAGGAAACAUAAAGAAUUUGAGAAGAAGCCGAUCAUGGCACCCAGCAAACUAGGGAUUAUCCAGCUCAUUGCAGGUUGAAUCUUACCACAUUGGUCACUUCUCACUCUCUGAAAUGUGUCAGUACCAAGAAACUCAAGCACUGAUAAAUUGGACAUGCUAAGGGAUGGUACAAGAUUGUUCCUCUUUCAGCUGCCCCCGUUAGGCAUCGCCACAGCGGAUCAUUUGUCCACGUAUUUGAUUUUGGCACAGUUUUUAAGUCGGAUGCCUUUCCUGGUGCAGCCCUCCCCAAUUUAAUCUGGGCUUGGGACCGCACACUGUUGCACGCAACCCCAGUGGCAGGGGUUGGCUCCCUGGCCGGGAUUCGACCCCUGGCCGCAGCGGUGAGAGUGCCGUGACCUAACCACUAGUCCUCCAGGGAUCCUGAAUGGCACAAGAUUGUUCGGUCUAAUUAGCGCUGGCUCUAAAGUGUUGCACAGCAUUUAAAGAACCAAUUUAUAAGCCAGCUUUCAUCCUCUGAAAAAAAAAAAAAAAUCUCUAAAUAUCUCUAAAUAUGUGUUCUCUGACAAACAUAGAAUGCACUAUGUCUUCUAGCAGCCUAAUGCCAGCUGAGCCGUUGCAGAAACCAGCCUGUCCUCAUUUAAUACAGUGCCAUUUCUUCUGUGUUCAUUGAAUGACUUUUGUCUUAAUUUAUGUUGGCUUACUUUCUUUAAUUAUUAUUUUCAUAUUUAAUAUUUCUAUAAUUAAUGCCAUUAAUAUGAAACAAAUGGGUUACACAUUUUUUUAUCACUAGAUCCGUGUGUGCAAUUGAAAUAAAUAAGCUAUUUAAAAUUAACAUAAUCUACAUAUAAAACUGCAGUAACUUAUUGCCAGUUGUAUGAUUUGAAGCCUGAGGUUCACAUCAGUAAAGUUCCUUAUUCAUAAAUUCACUCAAACUCAGAAGCUCUGGUAUGAUACCGACAUUUUUCAGAAAAGGGUUAUUUUUAUUUUAGUGUGUAAAUGAUCCUACAAAAGAUGUACGAAUUAAUUUGUUUGGAUCCAUCUUGAUAAAUGAGGCCCACUGUGGGUGAGUGAGGAGUGAGGGUCAUGGUUUUAUUUAUUUAUUUAUUUAUUUAUUUAUUUCUGUAUGAAAUAGAUCCUAUAAUACAGUAAGCUUAGUCAUUAUUAAAAGAAGGCAAAUAUUAAA